CCCGAUCACUAUGACGCCACAAGAUGAGGCAGUGGAUACCGAACUUCCGCGUUCAUACUUCAAACUUCUCUUCUCCCCAAAGUUUGGCGCGUGUCCUGCUCAGCGCUGAGCUUGGAUCUCUAACAUGGAGGAUAUGCUGUCAUUCUGGGAUGUGGCCAUUUAUUUCUCUGCAGAGGAGUGGGAAUGCCUGGGCCCUGCUCAGUGGAAUCUGUACAGGGAUGUGAUAUUGGAGAAUUACAACAAUCUGGUGUUCCUGGGUCUUGCUUCAUCAAAGCCAUAUCUGGUGACGUUUCUGGAGCAAAAACAAGAGCCUUUAGACAUGAAGAGACAAGCAUCUGCCACCAUGCAGCCAGGAAAAGAACAAUAUACAGGCCAAGAAGGCAAUAAAACCCUUCACUGGGACUCACCACGUUCUCACCAGCAAACGACACAUUUAAGAAUAAAGCCCUAUAAGUGUGAAGAAUGUGGCAAGUCUUUCUGUUUCCCAUCACUGCUCUCUGUACACAAGAGAACUCAUACAGGAGAGAAACCCUUCAAGUGUGAAAUAUGUGGGAAGGCCUUCCAUUCCCCAUCAUUAUUUUCUGUACACAAGAGAAUUCAUACAGGAGAGAAACGCUACAGGUGUGAAUUAUGUGGCAAGGCCUUCCAUUGUCCAUCAUUGCUUUCUGUACACAAGAACAUUCAUACAGGUGAGAAACCCUAUAAGUGUGAUAUAUGUGGCAAGGCCUUCCAUUGUCCAUCAGUACUUUCUAGACACAAGAGGAUUCAUACAGGGGGAAAACCCUAUAAAUGUGAAGUAUGUGACAAGGCCUUCCAUUGUCCAUCAGUACUUUCUGACCACAAGAACAUUCAUACAGGAGAGAAACCCUACAAGUGUGAUGUUUGUGGCAAGGCCUUCCAUGCUCCUCCAUUACUUUCUGCGCACAAGAGAAUUCACACAGGAGAAAAACCUUACAAGUGUGAAGUAUGUGGGAAGGCCUUCCAUACCCCAUCAUUACGUUCUGUACAUAAGAGAAUUCAUACAGGGAAGAAACCCUACAAGUGUGAAGUAUGUAGUGAAGUCUUUAGCACCUCCUGGCAAAUUUCUAGUCACUUGGUAAUCCAUUCUGGAGAGAAACCAUACAAAUGUGAGGAGUGUGAAAAAGCCUUCUCUACCAAGUCAUACCUAACAAAGCACAAAUUACUUCACAGUAUGGAAAAACUUUAUAGAUGUGAAGAAUGUGGCAAACAGCUCAACAGUUCUAGAAGCCUUCAAGAGCAUCAAAGAAUUCAUUCUGGAGAGAAACCCUACAAGUGUAAAGAAUGUGGCAAAGACUUCAGAACUUACACAGCACGUUCUAGACAUCGGACAGUUCAUAUUGGAGAGAAAUGUUACAAGUGUGGAGAAUGUGGCAAAACCUUUUACCAGUCCUCUGGUCUUAAGCAGCACCAAAGGAAUCAUCUGUGAGAGAAAGGUGUAGAUAAUGUGCUAAGGGCUUUUGGAACAUCUGAAAUCCAUAAUGGAGAAAGCCAGAAGUGUGAAAAAUGUUGCCAACUCUCUAAUAAGCUUUCUAAUAUAUCUCAACACAAGGUAGUUCAAACUGGAAAUCAAAAUGUUUGCUCUGUGUCAGAGUGUGGUGAAAGGAGUCAGUCGUUGUCUUGUAGGAACUCACAGCACAAGAUGGUGCUGUGGACACCGAACUUCCGCGUCCAGACUUCAAACUUCGCUUCUUCUCCAAAGUUAGGCGCCCGUCCUGCUCAGCGCUGGGCUUGGAUCUCUGACAUGGAGGAUAUACUGUCAUUCUGGGAUGUGGUCAUUUAUUUCUCUGCAGAGGAGUGGGAAUGCCUAGGUCCUGCUCAGUGGAAAUUGUACAGGGAUGUGAUGUUGGAGAACUACAAUAACCUUGUGUUCCUGGGUCUUGCUUCCUGUAAGCCAUACCUGGUUACAUUUCUGGAGCAAAGACAUGGGCCUUCUCAUGUGAAGAGACAAGCAGCAGGUGCCAUGCAAGCAGGGAAAAAGUGCUAUACAUGCAAAGAAUGUGGAAAAGUCUUUGAUUUGAAAUCAAAAUUUAGUAAGCAUCAGAGAAUUCACUUAAGAGUGAAACCCUACAAGUGUGAAGAAUGUGAGAAGGCCUUCCGUGUCCCAUCAUUACUAAGGGAACACAAGAGAAUUCAUACAGGAGAGAAACCAUACAAGUGUGAAGUGUGUGCUAAGGCCUUCCAUGGCCCAUCAUUACUUAAUAAACACAAGAGAAUUCAUUCAAGGGAGAAACCCUUCAAUUGUCAAGUAAGUGGUAAAGCCUUUCAUUUUUCAACAGUACUUUCUGAAUACAAGAAAAUUUAUACAGUACAGAAACCAUACAAGUGUGAAGCAUGUGACAAGGCCUUCCGUUUUCCUUCAUUACUUUCUGAACACAAGAGAAUUCAUACUGGAGAGAAACCUUACAAGUGUGAAGUGUGUGAUAAGGCCUUCCAUGCUCCAUCAUUGCUUUCUGUACAUAAGAGAAUCCAUACAGGAGAGAAACCCUAUAAAUGUGAAGUGUGUGGCAAGGCCUUCCGUGUUCCAUCAGUGCUUUCUAAACACAAAGUAAUUCACACUGGAGAAAAACCCUACAAGUGUGAACUAUGUGGCAAGGCCUUCCGUGGUCCAUCACUACUUUCAGUACACAAGAAAAUUCACACAGGAGUGAAACCCUACAAGUGUGAAGUAUGUGACAAGGCCUUCCAUUAUCCUUCAAUACUUUCUAAACACAAGAAAAUUCAUACAGGAGAGAAGCCAUACAAAUGUGAAGUGUGUGGAAACACCUUCCGUUUUCCAUCAUUACUUUCUGUACACAAGAGAAUUCAUACUGGAGAGAAACCCUACAGGUGUGAAGUAUGUGACAAGGAUUUCCAUUGUCCAUCAUUACUUUCCAAACACAAGAGAAUUCACACAGGAGAUAAACCCUACAAGUGUGAAGUAUGUGGCAAGGCCUUCCGUGCUCCAUCAGUACUUUCUGUGCACAGGAGAAUUCAUACAGGAGAAACACCCUACAUGUGUGAAGUCUGUGGCAAAGCCUUCCGUUGCCCAUCAUUACUUUCCAAACACAAGAGAAUUCAUACAGGUGAAAAACUCUACAAAUGUGAGGUAUGUGGUAAGGCCUUCCAUUGUCCAUCAUUGCUUUCUAAACACAAGAGAAUUCAUACAGGAGAGAAACACCACAAGUGUAAAGAAUGUGGUCUGGCCUUCUAUUGUCCAUCAUCACUUUCUGAACACAAAAGAAUUCAUACAGGUGAGAAACCCUACAAUUGUGAAGUAUGUGGUGAGGCUUUUAGGACUUCCCGGAUUCUUUCCACUCACUUAAUAACCCAUUCUGGAGAGAAACCCUUCAAGUGUGAGGAAUGUGGAAAAGCCUUCUCUACAAAAUCAUACUUAUGUCAGCACAAAUUAACUCACAACGUGGAGAACCCUUUCAAAUGUAAAGAGUGUGGUAAAGUGCUCAACAAUAUGAAAAACUUUAAGGAUCAUCAAAGAAUUCAUUCUGGAGAGAAACCCUACAGGUGUAAAGAAUGUGGCAAAGAUUUUAGAAGUUCUACAGCACGUUCUAAACACCGGAUAAUUCAUACUGGAGAGAAACGUUACAAGUGUGAAAAAUGUGGUAAAAGCUAUUACCAGUCUUCUGGUCUUAAGCAACAUCAAAGAAUUCAUUUGUGAGAGAAACCACACAAGUGUGAAGAUGUGCCUAGAUCUUUUGUAUUCACUAAGAACUUUUGAAAAGACCUGAUAAUUCUUACUGGGCAUUAAUGCCACAAGUGUGAAUAGUGUUACAAACCCUUUAAUAAGCUUUCCAAUAUUUCUCAACACAUGGUAGUUCAUAUUGGAGUGAAAUGGUACAAAUCUUAAAAUGUUCAUGAAAUGUUUACACUGCUUGAUACCAUUAAAAAUUAUCAAAAAAUGCA